UUAAGCGGCGCGGCGCGCGCACGCGCACUGGUUGUGGGCAGGAAGAACCCGGCUUCUGGGAGCUGUGCGUACGCGUUCGUGUCUGCGGAGUUGGGCGCUCCCCGAGCCGGCGAGUGCCCUGCUUUUCCCCGGAGCCCGGCGCUCCUGAGCGGGGAGCGAGGACUCAGGCUCCGGAGCUGCGGGGCAGGAGUCCGCGUAUCCUCUUUCUCCAGUUCCGGCCGAGGCUACGUCGCGGGGGGCCGGGCCCCAGCACGCUCCCCAUGGCGGGGCCGCGGGUGGAGGUGGACGGCGGCAUCAUGGAAGGGGGCGGGCAGAUCCUGAGGGUGUCUACGGCCCUGAGCUGUCUGCUGGGCCUCCCUUUGCGGGUGCAGAAGAUCCGAGCCGGCCGCAGCACACCGGGCCUCAGUUUUAUAAAUGUGUCAUAAAGUGUGGGGAUAUAGGCAGUCUGAAGGCACACGUUUUGAUGCAGUAUUAUGACCUGAAGGCCUCAACAUUUAUCUGGACUGGAAAUGAUUCGAGAUUUGUGUGAUGGGCAACUGGAGGGGGCAGAAAUCGGCUCAACAGAAAUAACGUUUACACCAGAGAAGAUCAAAGGUGGAGUCCACACAGCAGAUACCAAGACAGCGGGGAGUGUAUGCCUCUUGAUGCAGGUCUCAAUGCCCUGUGUUCUCUUUGCUGCUUGUCCGUCAGAACUCCGUUUGAAAGGUGGGACUAAUGCUGAAAUGGCACCACAGAUUGAUUACACAGCCAUGGUUUUCAAGCCAAUUGUUGAAAAAUUUGGUUUCACAUUUAAUUGUGACAUUAAAAUGAGGGGCUACUACCCAAAGGGAGGUGGUGAAGUGAUUGUCCGAAUGUCGCCAGUUAAACAGUUAAGCCCAAUAAAUUUAACUGACCGUGGCUGUGUGACUAAGAUAUAUGGAAGAGCUUUUGUUGCUGGUGUUUUGCCAUUUAAAGUAGCAAAAGAUAUGGCGGCAGCAGCCGUAAGAUGCAUCAGGAAGGAGAUUAGGGAUCUGUAUGUUAACAUCCAGCCUGUUCAGGAACCUAAAGACCAAGCUUUUGGCAAUGGAAAUGGAAUAAUCAUUAUUGCUGAGACAUCUACUGGCUGUCUGUUUGCUGGAUCAUCGCUUGGUAAACGAGGUGUUAAUGCAGACAAGGUUGGAAUUGAAGCUGCUGAAAUGCUGCUAGCAAAUCUUAGACAUGGCGGUGCUGUGGAUGAGUAUCUGCAAGAUCAGCUGAUCAUUUUUAUGGCGUUAGCCAGUGGAAUUUCCAGAAUAAAAACAGGACCAGUUACACUCCACACCCAAACAGCUAUACAUUUUGCUGAGCAACUAGCAAAGGCUAAAUUUACUGUGAAGAAAUCAGAAGAUGAAGAAGAUGCCUCUAAAGAUGCUUACAUUAUUGAAUGCCAAGGAAUCGGGAUGACAAAUCCAAAUCUAUAGGGUAUUUGCCUUUUAAAUGAUACUUCAGUGAUGUUAUUGCACUAAUCAUUUCAUAAAUAUUAUAGAACAAUGGAAUAAGACGUAAUUUAUUAAAGGACCUAACUUUAAUUGAAGUAUAGAAUGUUCUAGAUUUGUUGAGAAUGCUUCAUCCAAUUAAUCUCACUUUGACUAUCUUCUGAGAUAGAUAGGGACAGUGAAAAAGAGUUGGUGGAUAUGUAUAAUAGUUGGUUUCAGUAUUAAAGUAUUGCAAUAAAAUAUUCUUUUCAUCUAAA